CCCGAUUCAGAUUCGCACAUGCGCUGGCUAGGUGACAUCCGUGGAAAUCUGCAUCCUCGCCGCCACUCCGUUGGGCGAGUGGCAUUGGGAGGGAGAACGCUGUUGAAUUGGACGAACAUUUUUUUUCUCUCGUGUACCGGCAACACAACUGGGUAUCAAGGCUCUUUGUGCACCAUGGAGCACGGCGGGUCAGUUGGGAAUGGGCGAUUUUCACCGCGGCGACCGAUCGAAGGCGCAUGGGAUCUGGCCAUGACCUCCGCCAGGUCCAAGAGGCCCAGAGAAGUGCGAGACAUGUGGAGGGUGUUCAGCCAGGAGGCCGUUGCGGGAGACGGCAUGGCCACCGCGCAUCACAUCGCCACCGAUCACGUGGUGUUCGGUCGCACGCGUGGAAAUCAGGAGGGCAAAGGUGUGGAGGUGUCCAUGUCAAGCUAUUCUGCAGAGCUUUCCCAUGCUGCAAGGACUGGUGCACGCAUCCCCGGUGGUCCAGAGAGGCCAACUGAACACUUUUUCAGCGCUCAGCCCCAAACAACUCCAGACGUUGUGGAGCGUCCUGGCUCGCUACUGCACGCGGAGGUGCUGCGGAGGGAGCUGGAAGCGGCGAGGCACCGCAUCGCCGUGUUGGAGAGGAGCAACAAGCACCUCCAGGCAGACAAGGAGUUCCUACAGAGCGUGCUCAGCAAAGGAGGCGAGCCGCUCACGUCUCAAAGCCGCCCUCGGUGGAAAUCCACAAAAAGCCGGUCGCUCCGCUCCGCGGACGUUGCCCACUAUCUGUCGCAGUAAUGUACGUGUGGACGCGCGGAGAGAGAGAGAGAGAGCCCUUGGUCAAUCCACUGCUGGAUGAGGGCCAUCCCCACGUCGUGGAGGUCGUGGGAGAUUUGACCAUAAUUAACCCCACUGGCCACUGCGGAUUGGUGAAGGCAGGGAGCAUACAGGAGUACAAUACAAUUUAGUUUUUUUUCCUGCACCGUCCUCUUCUGCUCGCAGCUUAGCCUGUAAGACACCUGCUGUGCGUGGCGCUCACCCAUGCAAGAUCUAUCCAGGCGCAAUCUUCCAUGAUCUGACAAGAUCGGGCGCUUACAUUGCAGGUCAUUGGGUCAUAGAUCUUACAUGAAUAGGUAUCAUGGUUUAAAAUCUGUGUAUUAAUGCUUUGUCCUCAUGCUCUCCCCUUGUUAUAAAUAUUCAUGUUUUACGUUGGGGUAUGGUCGGUAGUGUAAGGGAACGUUAAUGUGUCAUGCACCCUUCUUUUGAGCAGUAUUCACUUAAACAAACGGGCCUCCCGUAAAGAGUGUCACAGGCACAGUAUAUCCAUCUUGACUUAGCUGUCCAGUUCAAAGUGACAACAUUCGAACUUUAAUCGAAAGGAACAGGUAAACGCUACUUAACCCAAAUAUGCUAAUUCCGAGAAGUUGUUUAAUUCAAAACAAACUGCAGGUUUGUGAGAAGUGUUCCCCCCCCCCCCAAAUAAAAAUAAAAAUAAGCACGCAUACAAACACUGUUGGAAAAUUUGCGUAGUGCGCACAGAGGCACACUGAACAGGCGAGUGCACAGUUCACAGAAGUGCCCCCAUUGACCACGCAGCGCGUCGAGUCGGCACGCGGGACGCUUCGGGAAAGAAAAAGUGUGCACGUGGCUGCCUUGGCUCACGGCUGGGCACGCUCCCAACGAAAACAGCAGCGCGCGAAGUACGCGCACCUCUCCCCCACGCUGUCUCCGAAGAGGCCCAACAACACGUGCCAUUGUGUACGCUUGCGCACAAGACGAUUAUCUCGUAACCCAGUCCAGGUCCUUUUUUUUUUUUUGGGACUGGUUCGCCAAAGGGCACGUAGGCUCGCAAACUCGCGGUCAUUUUAGUUUCCCCGUGGCUCAGGAGCUUUCCGUCAAAAAGCGAAUUGCGCACUUUUAAAGCGACCGCAGGGAUUUAGUCGGGCGGCCGUUGCGUGCGGCUGGCCUGCAGAGAGGUUUUUCUGUCUUUUUUGUUGUUGUUGUUGUCGUUGUUGUGGCAGGUUUUUGACAUCGAGAACUAUCGCGCGUGCGCAACUUGCCCACUCUUACCCUCCUUGAACUGAUUGAUUUUCUGAGUAACUCGGCACGCUCACUGCUCGGCACAUUGUCGUGACGAGUAACAUGUGACCCGACGGGUCGAUGUGAAGCGGCGCGUUAGAAUGCGCCGCUCAGCCAGAACUUUGGAUUUUUUUGGCGACUGCCACGAUGCUGGGACAUGCGCAAAAUAAUCGCUUCUCCCCUGGUGCCGGUUACCCCAAACCAGGAUGAGACGAAGCACAAACUCACAGAGAUCAUUCUGCAGCCUCUGAUCUGACCAGGACCUUCCAAUUUCCCUAGCACAUGGUGUGCUUGCUGGCACAGAGUAUGGCACAUCUAAAAAAAACCCAACCUUAAAAAAACUGUUGGGUGGGGAGAGAAGCAAAUGGAAUACAUGGUGGAGGAAGGUCCGAGUGGAGCCUAGCGAUAUGGCAGAAUAGCUACCUCCUGCUGUUAGGGCUGGACAAUCGGGCUUAGAGAACAGGCCAAGAAAAACCGUUAAAUUUAGAUUUAACAACAGCGAAGGCACAGAAUAUUAGUACAAGGAGAAAGACAAUAAAUGCGGCCGAUCCCAUGCAAUGAUAGGGCCUUUUUGGCUUAGAACAAGAGAAUAAGAAGCCAUGAUGCUAGCUGGCCAUGAAAAUGUCACUGUGACACUCGACAUGUGUGGUGUAGUCAGCUUGAGCAUAGCUGCCCGUGGUGGCACAUGCCUGCGAUCCAGCGCUUUGGAGGCAAGGGUUGGUGCAUCGCGCAGGUUUGUGAAAUUCCAAAACCUGCUGGGCUGUGAGAUGCCAAUUAACGGCAGUACAGUAAUUUAAUUAUAUGCAUCUUUCUGUGUAGAGCUUUGAGUAUUAUCUCCUUGUAUGCAAGGGUCUUCUCCAGGUAUUCUGGUUUCCUCCCAAGUACCAUUAGGUGAUCGCUCAAUUUGGCCAAACUGACCACAACACAUGACCCUUAAACAAAUAGUUUUGGGACUCAGUGAUAAUUUCAUUGUUAUAUAAGUGUCAAGUCCUGCUUGAUAGCUCAAACAAGUGUUCUUCUUAGUGGUUUGUAUUCCAAACAAUACUGAGCAUCAGACUUUGGUACUCAAUGUAACUGAGAAUCCAGUUGCCGAUGUGGCCAUUGUGUUACCUUCUCUAUAUAAUCCAUGAAUAUGAAUUAAACCAUGUCCAUCAAGGCAAAACAAUGUUCAUGAUCAAAUCUGAAAUAAGCCAAAUUUUAUUCAAUACAUACAGUCAUUUGGUGGCCAGGCAGAAACCAUCACCUCAAUACACUUGAGAGCCCAGGUGGGUGGCUGCCUAGAUUAUGCCCUUUAUAAAUCAGCGUUUCACAUGCAAAUGUGACGUUUCUAACUAGAACUCAUAUCAUAAAGAGAGGGUCUUUGCCUGUGCAAUCGUAGUUCACCAGAAUUGAAUCAAGCAAGGCUGACUGUUGAUGAGACACUGCUGAAAACAGUCCAGAGUUUGCUUGUCUUAAAUCAAUACUGCUGAAAUGAUGCACUCCCAGAAUUCUGUGCGGCUCAUGGGUUGCGCAAAAGAUACUUUUAUAUGUUACGUGGAGAGACGGAGAUGUGACGGAGACAUUGUCCGGUUGUUGAUUUUGUUGUGUUGAGCAUUCGCUCAAUACUCUGACCAUACAGCCACCCAACCACCUUAUCAUCUUUUUGUUGUUGUGCGCGUGGAUUGUUUCAGGGGAGACAUCAAGCUCCAACAGGGCCCCGCUGCCAAAACGGCGCCGUUCCGCAGCGGACGCCGAAGCGUCGCCGCCACCGUCGCCUGGCAACUCACAGAGCAGUUCCUCCUCAGACACGGCCGACGGGAUGGACCCAGAGGCAGGCCGACACACGUGCCCUCCAGGGAACUACCACCGAGGCUGCAGGAAGGCGAACAAGGGGGGCUGCGGGAAGGAAGGCUUACGCAAGGGCAUCCGAGUGAAGUCGGUGGAGGACGUCGUCUGGCGCUAUAAGAAGGUGCUGUCGGUGUACCAGAAGACGAGGAGCGUGAAGCGUGCUUGUGAGAAGAUGAAUGUGGACAGGAACACCAUCGCCCUCACGGCCCCCAUCGUGGACCUGGAGGUCGUGGCACCAGGCCUCUAUGCCACGGUGGGGCCGCACGACGGGCGGACGGAACGCCUGCUCGACUUCUCCCGCCGGUGCUGGCACGCCAUGGACGAGGCGACGCGCGUGAACGUCGACAAGAUGAAGGCCGAGGGGAAGCUGCUGCCCAUCAGCUACAAGUUCAAGCGAAUGGUUCCACAGCAGGCUCCACAGGCUCAACAGUGAUCGGGGUCCAUCUCUGGGCCAAACUACUUUUUGGAAAUGUACGAGAUUUUGUUCAUGAAAUCUUUUAACUAAAAUCUGCUCUGAUGCCCUCCAGUGUGGUUUAGUUUGUAGGGAAGGACAUUUAUUUCUUAGGUGGGGUCAACUGUUUUUUUGUUACACCAGGGAAUGCCACAGGUAGUGUGUGGUCAAAUGAUAAUGACGCUGUUCCAGCUUCUGUACAACGGACUCCUAAAUCUAUGUGUGUGGAGUUUUCAGCGUUCAACCAUUCAUGUGCAUGGGUUGUCUCGAGGUACUCAGCGCUCCCACAAGCCACACACUCAUGAAGUGAAUCGACCAAACACCCUCAUGUAGCAGGGCCCUCCUGAAAAAAAGUCUCAAAACUCAAUGAGGCAUUCCUGGAUAAAUACAAUGUAUUACUAUUAUUACCAUUGCUAUAGAAAUAUGCCAUCAUAAUAUAACCUAAAACUGUGUUUGCAGAAAAUGACAAAGCUCUAUAUGGAAACAGAGGAGAUACUGCGAAGUGCAAUUCCCACUUUACAUUUGCACAAGAGGGCCCUCACGGUAAGGUGGCAUGCCGUCAUUUGCCGAGCCAAAAUAAUGCAACUUUGGCUUCCUAAAAUAUAUUAUUAUGGCUUAGAGCCAAUAGUAGCUGGCCAGGGAAUGGGUUUAAAACGUAUUGUCGUACUCAUCGCGCGUGGCAUGAGUGGCACGGUUCGGGUUCUGCAGUGGAAAAAAUAACCUGGUGCCUCCUGAGGCGAGCCCAACUCGGGUGCAGUUCCGUUGUAAGGACAAAAAGAGGUACAGGAGUUCGAAGGUCAAAAAAACCUACCAUCAAAUUGUGUAUCUAUUGUGUCAGGCAGUGCAGCUUCAGUCGAAAUAAGAAACCAGGCUUUAAACAAAGUGCUGAUGGAAAGAAAAGUCCUGCUAGAACGGUUCUGAAUGGACCUGGGAUUUGCUGAUGCCCUCUACAAUUCAGAGGAAGGGUUUCAAGGCACCAUUUGUAAAAGAUGCUCAACAAAUAGAGCACAUAAGACGUGGAGACUCUUGGCCUCCAGAGACCAUAAAGGCUGCCUUUGUCUGAUGAUGAUGAUGAUUAAUGAAGAGCGAAUUAUUAUGAAGGGUCAAACAAUGUAUUAAAGUGUGGCAAACCAUAACUAAAUAUUGAACCAGAGAGCACGUGUGGGCCUAAUCAAGCUGUCUCAUGACCAAAGUCCUGUGAAAAAAUUGGAUUUGAUUAAUGUUUGUGAGUAAAAUAUAGCACUCGGUGUGAAAUUAUCCAUUAUCUUGCUGUGUUCGUCAGUUUUCCAUAGAGGAAUGUGAUGAUAAGCUAACAAGGAAUACGAAAACAUCACACAAUUAAAAACACAACUCAACAUAAACUAAAAUAUUGCAGUUUAACAGCAAACAUUAACAAAUGUGGUUUACUUGCGUAAGAAUAAAUAGAUGUUUAGAAUAUAUGACAUGUUUAUGCGGCCACUUCCUGGUGUCCCAACAGUAGUGAUAUAAACAUUGUUGAGAUAAAAAACGGAGCUGCUAUCCACAGACCAGCGUUCCCCUGCUCAAAAUAACGACUGCUCUGUCACACAAACAUAAAAUAUUUCUAGCUUUUUAUAUCGAGACAUCAAAUAUCUUUCCUGGGGAAGGGGGGUGGGGGUGAUGACACAGUGAUGAUCACAUUGCGCCGUCAACCCAGAAACCUGAGUUAGAUUCCAGCCACGGCUAACAUUAGUGGCGAGUGAUAUCUGAACGAGUCCUGAUCACCAUCCACCCUCUUCACCGAGCCACACUCACCAGUCUGGUGAAGUAUGAAUAAAUAAUCCGCAUACAUUACAUGGCGUUUGGAGACCUUCAUCAAGCAGUGGACUAACAAGGCGUUUACAUUUUUACUGUCGCCAAUUAUUUUUUAUCGCUUGCUAAAUGCAUUUCUGAUGUACUACAUCGGCUCUGCAACCGUCCAACAGUGGUGAUGCACACGCUGAAUGCUAACAAUUGUAGUCUUUGUGCCCAACGUACCUCCGAGGAGCAAAUUGCCAUGUCAAGUGUAAGGUCAAGACGUCAUCUUGGCCAAUGCUGCUUAUGCUGUCACAAUCGAUAAAUGAGCGUCCCUUCGUCAAACUAUUGCUGGAUUAGUCAUGUGGGUUGUCUGACUAUACUUCACCAUUCUCAUCGGUGCACAUUGGUGAGUUGGGGGCCCAGGACCGGUUUAGAUAUUUGCCGAGGUUGAAAAUCGAACACGGGCCACCAGCUUCUUAGUGCGAUGUGCCUCUGCUUUCCCCUUUAUGCCAUACAUUACAAGGAAGCACUUUUUGAAAAUAUCUGAACCAUGGUGGUAAAGUAUAAAAUGCACUAUUUACUUUGUUGGUCAUAUUAUAUCUGGGCUAAUUCAUUUACGUUUCAGGUUGAAUUCAAAGCAUGUACCUAGUCGCCUCGGAUGUUAAUUCAUAAUUUUCACAUUACCAUGCUGUCUGUAAGUUAACAAUGACUAAACUGUGUUGUGUUCAAAUACUAUAAUGGGUAUACUAUGGUUCUCUGUUGUAACGUAGAAAAUAAUGUAGCCAGACACAGUGUUUGUGGAACAAAUUUGGUCAUUGAAGCAAUGCAAUUAAGUGUCAAGUUUCUAAAGUUUAUCUUUCUGAGGUCAUCUAACUUUUUUCUAUGAGGUCGUGUAAACUAAAAAAAAAAUCACCUCUCACGGGCCUCUGAAGGCAAUAUUUUUUUUCUGUUGAAUAAAAACAUUUAGAAAGCAACUUUUUGCCCUGUUACAUACGUUGCUGUAUUUCUUGCACCCGUUCCAAUGAUCUGCAAUGGUUCUUUUAAGUUAAUUAGACAUUUCGGAGCCAAUUUAAAUGUAGAGAUCGACUUUGUGCACAUGACAAACACACAGGCACACGUU